AUGUUCAAAGAUGUGUCCAUGGACUUUACUCAGGAGGAACGGGAAUGUCUGGAUUCUGAUCAGAGAGAUUUGUACAGAAAUGUGAUUUUGGAAAAUUAUAACAAGCUGAUAUCAGUUGGAGCAAGGAAAAGAAGCCUGGAUGAUUGGCUGAGAGCUGACAAGGGCCUUGCUUCCAGCUCUAUCCUGAGAGGUGGACAUUGGGCAGAAAGCCCCAUACUUCACCAGAACCUGGAUGGUGAUGAGAAACUCGCAGAACAGUCUCCCAAGGUCUGACAUAUAGAGGCAAAUGGGAGAUAGUCUUAUCUCUCUCCUUUAAUGGUCUCCCAUUCUCUCAUGUUUCGGGAGAAUCAUAAGACAUUCUGCCGAGACUCAAAUAAGCUAUAUUUCAAGACUUUGCCUGCAUGGGUGCAGGCAAGGUGGCCAAGUUGCCAUGGUGGGGCUGUUCCCUACAACUCGACCCUCUGACCUUUCAGUAUCCAGCUAAGCAUUCUCAGGAUUGUGGGCUACCCUGUGGGCUACUCUAAUUAAUUUUACAGAUAAGGGCUUGGACCAAAUAUGUUCUGUUGUCCUAAGCAACAUAGUGACCACAACUACAACUUCCAGUCUGGAGUCAAGUCAGCUAAAUAUGUCUCAGCUGCUAUCAAGAUCAACCUGGGAGAGGCACAUUACUUUCUAAGGUGAAAAUGGGUUGCUACUUAUUAAUUGAUCAUUUGUAGCAUGAAAUAUUAGAAAUUGCCCAUGUAUUGUCUAUAUUGGCCAGCAGGAAGUCCAGGGAAAAUACAGUCGUCAUUACCACUCAUCUUUGUUUAGAAUCACCAAUAGUCUGAAAAACAAGAAAGCAGUUAGAAUAGGUUAGAGAAAAUCAUAUCAAUGUCCAGAAUGAUAGCCUUGUUCUGUCAUCUCAGGCAGAGGCUCUUACUUUCUGAAGUCAGUAGUUGUUGGAAGGUUUAUCACUUGUUUGUCAACAGUUAAGUUGAGGGGCACCUGGGUGGCUCAGUGUGUUAAGCCUCUGCCUUCAGCUCAGGUCAUGGUCUCAGGGUCCUGGGAUCAAGCCCCACAUCGGGCUCUGCUUAGCGGGGAGCCUGCUUCCCCCUUUCUCUCUGCCUGCUGCUCUGCCUACUUGUGAUCUCUCUCUCUCUCUCUCUGUGUCAAACAAAUAAAUAAAAUCUUUAAAAAAACAACAAAACAAGACAAAACAAAACAACAGUUAAGUUGAGAUGAUGG